GCAAUCAGUUGAUGUUCUAUAAAAUAAGCGACCGAUAAUAAUUCUAUAGACCUUCAAUCUAUACAGUCAUGUCAGAUAUUACUUAUACACAUCUUAAGAAGGAAGACAUCGAGGCUCUUCAGCUCUUACAUAAACAGACACUCACAGGUGUUCCACCAGACUCUGGAUUCUACCUCACUAUGCAACUCGUCUCUGAUUGUCUUUGUCUAGUGGGGAAGAACGAUGCAGGUGAAAUACUUUCGUUCAUCACUGGCAGAUGUGUCGAGGGAAUCGUACAUGUUCUCACACUCUCUGUAUCAGAAAAAUACAGACGUCAGGGUAUAGCUACAACGCUGAUUAGGAAACUCUUAUCUGAGCUAUCUGAAGAUGAGAUAGCCAGGGUGGAAAUACACACUGGUGGAUCGACAGACGAAGCAAAUGUAUUCUGUACUUCACUUGGUCUAGAAGAACGCCAUCUGCCAGAUCACCUUAAAGCUGAGAAUGGCACCAGCUAUCAUGGUACUAUACAUACAUAAGCAACUGUAAAGCUAAAUAUAAAUAUUUUCUUAUUUUUCUCGUU